AAAGAUGUAUUGUCAGAUUACGAUUCAUACAAUUCGUAAAAAGAUUUAAUUGUUAAUUCUAUCAAAAAUAUCUCGUUUUUCAAUCUGAGAUAAUAAUCCCAACAAAAGGAGACUUUAUAAUAUAUUCAUGUACAUAUAGAGAAUACUAAACGACGUUGUUUUUUGUUUUAAUUAGUUUUUAAACCGCUUUAAAAGUUGGUGCUAUAAGUUAUCGGCUGUUCCGCGAUUUAUUCGUGUUUGAUGCGUAUUUCUGGCCUAUAUAGGGGUCAAUAACAUUAUUGUGAACACUUGUCAAAUGGAAAUUUCUUUGUACAGAAGAUGAAAUGACCUAGGAUCACAAUGGCAUCAGCAUGCGAAACGUCGGAAAUGUUAAACAACGAGGCAGAAAAGGAGUCUGCCCCGGAGCUGGUGGCGGUGCGGGUGCCGAUCAAUGGCAUGACCUGCCAGUCCUGCGUGCGGAGCAUCGAGGGGUCCGUGCGCGAGCUCUCCGGAAUACAUCACGUAAAGGUGGAGCUGUCAGAACACGCGGGCUACUUCAGAUAUGACCCGCGAACGUGCUCCGUGGAGAUCAUUCGGUCUCAUAUAGAAGAUAUGGGGUUCGAAGCUCCAACGGAUAGCACAGACGACGAGACCAGGAAUCUCCUUCCCCGCGAAAUACCCACCGACCUCCUGAUCGACAUGACGGCGUCGGGUCCGCCCGGUGACAGCACCGCGCUCAUCGCAGUGGUGGGCAUGACCUGCCAAUCCUGCGUCAACACUAUCGAAGGUAGUCUGAAGGGGAUGGCGGGCGUGUCGGCGGCGACCGUCAGCCUGGCGGACGGCACGGCGCUGGUGCGGUUCGACCCCGCGGCCGCCAGCGCGCCUCAGCUGGCCGACGCGAUCUACUCGCUCGGCUUCGACGUCAACGUCGUCAGCGUGGACGACGCUCCCACAGAUGUAGCACAAGUUAAAAGCGAGCAAGGUUCGGGUGAUAGAAUCAAAAUCUCUCCCGCGAAGAGUAAAACACAAGCUAACGGCACCUUACCUUCCACGCAAGAGGGGACAGAGAUAUCUCGAUGUACGCUGGAAGUGCGCGGUAUGACUUGCGCGUCGUGCGUCGCCGCUAUAGAGAAACAUUGUUCCAAAAUGCAUGGUGUCCACUCAAUAGUUAUAGCAUUGCUAGCGGCCAAAGCAGAAGUCCGGUACGAGCCGGCGAAGAUUUCGGCCUCAGCCAUCGCAGAGUCAAUCACCGAUUUAGGCUUCCCCUCAGAACUGAUCAGCGAUAGCGGAGCGCCGAAAGAUUUGACUAUAUUGAUAAAAGGCAUGACCUGCGCGUCGUGCGUCAACAAAAUUGAAAAGACUGUACUUAAACUUAACGGUGUAGUUUCCUGCUCGAUCGCGCUCACUACAUCAAAAGGCAAAGUGAAAUACGACCCUGAGAUCAUCGGCGCGCGGAAGAUUUGCGACGUUGUCAAUGAGCUGGGCUUCGAGGCGACCGCUGUCAGUUCACACAAUCGAGGCACCAGCAAUUAUUUGGAACAUAAAGAAGAAAUACGGAAGUGGCGCAACGCGUUCCUCGUGUCGCUCAUCUUCGGCGCGCCGUGCAUGGCGGCCAUGACGUACUUCAUGGUGCUCAUGGGCCGCGCGCACGACCCGCGCCACAUGUGCUGCGUGCUGCCCGGCCUCAGCCUCGAGAACCUGCUCAUGUUCCUGCUCGCCACGCCCGUGCAGUUUAUUGGCGGUUGGCACUUCUACAAGCAAGCGUACAAAGCGCUGAGUCACGGCACCUCCAACAUGGACGUACUUAUAUCGAUGACCACUACUAUCAGCUACGCGUACUCCCUGGCGGUGGUGAUAGCGGCGAUGGCGCUGCAGAAGGACACGAGCCCCCUCACGUUCUUCGACACGCCGCCCAUGUUGCUCGUCUUCGUGUCCUUGGGGCGAUGGCUCGAACAUAUAGCUAAGGGCAAAACGUCGGAAGCACUAUCAAAACUGCUGUCGUUAAAACCAACCGAAGCUGUGCUAGUAACCCUGGACCAGGAAGGUCGGGAGAUAGGCGAAAAGAGUAUACCAGUGGAUCUCGUGGAAAGAGGAGACGUUUUGAAGGUAGUGCCCGGCGCGAAGAUACCAGUGGACGGGAAAGUGAUGACGGGGCAGAGCACGUGCGACGAGUCCCUCAUCACCGGAGAGUCCAUGCCUGUAGCUAAGACUAAAGAUUCCCUAGUAAUAGGCGGCAGUAUAAACCAACACGGCGCGCUAUUGAUGCGCGCGACACACACGGGCGAGGCGAGCACGCUUGCGCAGAUCGUGCGACUAGUGGAAGACGCGCAAAGCUCCAAAGCUCCCGUGCAGAGACUAGCCGAUACUAUCGCUGGUUACUUUGUUCCCAUGGUGGUGUUCCUGUCGGUGUUGACGCUAGUGUGUUGGAUCAUCAGCGGAGCACUAGACAUCAAUAGAAUAAAAGUAAUCACACCAAAAAUUUACCUCGACUCUGGUUUUUCGGACUGGGAGCUCAUAAUCCAGACGGCGUUCCACUUCGCGCUCUCAGUGCUUGCGAUAGCUUGUCCCUGCGCAUUAGGGCUGGCUACCCCCACCGCCGUGAUGGUUGCUACAGGGGUGGGAGCUAAACUGGGUCUUCUGAUUAAGGGAGCGGAGCCUUUGGAAAAUGCUCAUAAGGUUAAAACAGUAAUAUUCGACAAAACCGGCACAAUCACUCGCGGCAGCACAAGUGUGGCAAGAGUAUCACUUCUAACGGGCGAGCCGUCGACUUUACCCGAAGUCCUCGCUUGCAUACUUUCAGCGGAGUUGAACUCUGAACACCCUGUUGCUUCCGCCAUAGUCCGCUGGUGCGCCGGCGUGGUGGGCGAGGCGCGCGCCUCGUGCGGCGGGUUCGCGGCGGCGCCGGGCUGCGGCCUGCGCGCCAAGAUCACGCUGCGACAGAACGUGCAGCCGUCGCCGCAGCUGCGGGCCGUGCUGGCUACUGCCAGGGAAGGCUCCACGAUACAACUGCACGGUGUGCCCGUGGAAAUCGUCGGAGGAGGCGGGGACGCGGCCUUGAGUUCCGCACAGGCCGCCCAGCGAUUACACGCUGUUAUACGGCCACACGGGGCGGAUCACGAAGAAGUGGAACAACUCGUACUGAUCGGGAACCGCGAGUGGAUGGCUCGUAACGGCGUGUCGGUGCCGCGGCGGGUGCACGAGACGUUGCAGCGGGACGAAGAGCUCGGCCGCACCGCCGUGUUGGCAGCUAUUAACGAUCAACUGGUGUGCACGAUAGGAGUGUCGGACGAAGUGAAGCCCGAAGCCCACCUAGCGGUGUACUGCUUGAAGCGGGUGGGGCUCGAGGUGUGUUUACUCACGGGGGACAACAGAAAGACUGCUGUAGCGAUUGCGAGACAGGUGGGAAUUACCAAAGUGUAUGCAGAAGUGUUACCCUCGCACAAAGUCGCAAAAAUACAGAAACUUCAAGAAAAGGGACAGAAAGUCGCUAUGGUGGGCGACGGCGUGAACGACUCCCCGGCGCUGGCGCAAGCGGACGUUGGCAUCGCCAUCGCGAGCGGCACUGACGUCGCUGUGGAAGCCGCGGACUUAGUUCUUAUGAGAAACGAUCUGUUGGAUGUGGUGGCGUGUCUGGAGCUGUCCCGCACCACAGUGAGGCGGAUUCGACUAAACUUCCUCUUCGCGUCGGUGUACAACCUUCUCGGGAUCCCGCUGGCCAGCGGGGCUUUCGCGCUCUACGGGCUGCAGUUACAGCCUUGGAUGGCGUCCGCCGCGAUGGCGAUGAGUUCUGUUUCAGUCGUGUGCUCCAGUUUAUUGCUCAGAACAUUCAAAAAGCCCUCUCCGGAACAGCUGCGGACGACGGAAUACCUGCAGUCAAUACACCUGGAAGAGCUGGACUCCGUGUCCGUGCACCGAGGGCUUGACGAGAAGGUGGACCCCAACGACAGGGGCACCGCUCUGGCCAAACUGUUCCACCGCAGCAAGGCGAGCGACGGCUGCCUGCUGCGGGAAGAGGAAGACAUGCUCACCGUCUCGUUCAUUCCCAAGCGGCCCACGCGCGACCAGCCGAGCAUCAACGAGUGAUCUCUUUUGUAACUAUAUGUGGUGCUGAACAAGUUACUCGGAACAUGUGUGAAAUGUGAACUUUGUAACCUCAAUGCAGCAUGGAAUUUGUUAAAGCCAUAUUGUUUACAAAGACAAUGCUAAUGUGCUGAACUCCUCGAUGGAACCUCGGACUUCUACCGAUUAAAUCUAAACGGUGUUCCCAAACACCACCACCACACAUUCUGUAGCCUUACUGCAAGAUUCACUCGCUCGCAAUCCAGUAGUCGUUUUCGCUUGUUGAACUCGUUACCGUUAAAGUGAAAUGGACCUUAUGUCAGUCGUUUUAAAAACCGCUAAUCCUAUCCGAUAAAAUACUUCCAAUUUUUUAUAAUAUAAAGUUCUACCAAAAGCCCUAGCUGAAGAAUUGUAGGCAAAUGCGAGUUUUAAUGCAAUAGCAAUAAGAUAAAUUUUUCCUUGAUGUUCAUGUAUUUCGAUACUCGAAAACGACUCCCCGAUUUAGAGCGAGCAAAUCUUGUUCUAAGCGUACUGGUGAUUGGGUUACGGGAACGCACACAACCGCAUCAAGAACUUUUUAACCUAAACUAACAGUUUGAGACCUGACUGGCUAUCAUAUCGUGAUCUGUAUUGGUGCUAACCAUGAAUCGAAUGAGAAGAUUAACCUGACUGAUAUCCACUGUUAUAUUUUCAUUCGGUGAUAAGUUAACCCUUAGCUAAGAAGGCAGCACGCAGAGCUAGAAAGGAUAUAGCAUAUUUAAACCCUAAUCGAUUUCCGCGCGGUGUCGUACUGGAACGCUAAAUGUCUUCAGUUUUUUUGUUAGAAAUCAUAAAACGUAACAGAUGAAAUGUGUUAAUACUGGAUUCGGAAUAUAUAUAGAAUAUUGGUUUAAAUAAAAAACUUAGUUGCCAUUAUUAUAAUUGGUACAAAACA